AUUCAGAAAGACAAAUUAAGUUUUAAUUUUUGUAACAACUCACAUAAUGGUAUUUCCUAUUUUUAAAUCAAUUUUACAAACCACAAGUUGUAACUUAAUUUUUAAAGUUAAGACUUUUUCGGAUAUUGCAUAUCUGUCUUUUACGGGUUUCUAAUUUAGCCUUGUAAACAAAGCGUGUUGUGUAAACGCGCAGUACAUUGUGCUGCUUUUCAUAUUUAAUACUUAACGAAAACAAAUAUGCAGAAAGUAAUCAUGUUGAAUAUUAUUAGUUAUCACCAGAGCCCCAAUCACACGGUGAUAAGUUGGUGCAGAGAUCCGAACAAUCCCAGACCACUGAACUACAACCUGAGGAAUAGGACUCCCAGCUUCCUAACCUCACCAGAGGAUACAGAGACAGGACAACACUCCCAGUCCAGUACCGCUGAGUCCCAGCAGCAACCAACGUUGGACAACGCUGCUGGCCACCAAGAAACUGGGGCAGACCAUCCUCUUGUGGAAACAGAGGAACAGAUUCACUUGAGUGAAACCAACCUACCAGCUGAGGACGUGCAGGUUCAUUUUAACGAGCCUGCAAUCACCGAAGAAGCAGACCCACAAACAGAAAACAGUGAAAACAUCCCAGCUGAGGAUACAGAGCAUCAACACAUUGAUUCUCGAGACGCAGAGAGAACCGAAGAUCAGCAGUUUUCUGAACAACUUUAUAUCAGUGAUAGCAUUCCAUUAGACUCAAUUAACCUAACAAACAUGGCUACUAUUGCCCAAUUAUCAAAAUUUAAUGGCACUGAAUCACCAUGUAUUUGGUUAUCCAAGCUCAGUGCGUGGCAGAAGUUCCAUAGGAUCACUGACAAUGCUGUUCUUGACUAUAUUCCUUGUCUUCUAGAAGGCAGCGCUGGAACCUGGUUUCAGACCAUCAACCCAGGACAGUUUCAAAACUUACAAGGGUUCAAGGAUCUUUUAAGUGAAAGAUUUAAACCAUCUGCGCACAAGACUGCCAUGCUUAGUAUAAAGCAAGAACCCAAUGAAACAUGUGAACAAUAUCUUGAGAGGGCAGAACGACUGGCCUUGGCUCAUCAUGAUCUUGACGAAGCCUACAAGGUCCAGUUUAUUGCAAAUGGACUUAACACAAACCUAAGAGGGCGUGUUCUGGCCAGGGAACCUCAGACUUUUCAAGCGCUGCGUAAAGACAUUUCCCUGGUCCAACUUGAACUAGGAUGUGACCAGCAUGUGUCCUUCAUGACUCCCAACACCUCGUUUGACAUGACUGAACUAAGUAGGUCGAUAAAUAGCCACAUAGAGCAAACAGUCUCCACUCAGAUCAACGCCUUAGCAGACCGUCUUCAAGAGGCUCAACACUUUGAUCGACGCAGAGAGGAAGAAAGACGAGAUCAAUACCGCGACAAUUCCAGAGGUCAACAUGAACGGUACCGAGACACUUACAGAGGUCAACACGAACGGUACCGAGAUGAUUCCAGAGGUCGACAUGAACAGUACCGAGAUGAUUCCAGAGAUCGACACAAUCAGUACAGUGACACUUCCAGAGGUCGUUACAAAUCCCCUUACCGUGACCACUCCAGAGGACGUGAUGGCUCCCGACGCAGAAGUUUUGAACCCAGGGAAGAUUUCAGGGACUUCAGCAGUGAUCGGUCUAGAAACUCAAACUUUCGCCACAACAAUUCACCACAAAACCGGAAUCGACGAGACUCGACUCCAGGCCGACACCCAGAAAGGAGACGCAUGAGUGAGGGAGAGAGCUCCAUGUGCGCUGGUUGUGGUAAGUCAUGCCAAAUUAGAAGUUCAUGCCCUGCAUUUAACACUAGAUGUUACAACUGUAAAAACUUUCACCACUUUAGCCGCAUGUGCACUAAACCUUUCACAAACACCAAACCUCACAACAAAAAUUCCUUCAAACAACAACAUAACCACUCUUUACGAAGAUAGGGAUUCGCGCCUAUCCUCAAAAAGGAUAGGCAGCAUCACUCUGAGCAUCACACUAACCACAACCCUAACCACCAUUCCACUACUAAUGCUUCCUCUUCCCAGUCCAAACCCUCAACUAACAAACGGUUACCAACUAGUGCUAACAAAACUCAAAACCCCCCAUCAAAACGACAUUCAACAUCUCCAUCGUCAAGAAAUGUCAACCUCAUCAUCCCAGUCGAAAAGAAUACAGUCAAUGUGACUAUUUACAGAAGACAUUUCAGAGCUUUGGUAGACACCGGUGCAAGUAUUUCCUGUAUUAGUGCUCAACUCCUAACAAAACUUGGUAUUACCCGAGGCCAACUAAAUACUUCCAACAUUAAAGAUGCAGUCGCUGUUGGAGGUGAACGACAUGCAAGCCUUAGUGCUAUAACUCUUCCUGUGUCAUUCAAUGGACCCAUCAUUAACCAUAAAUUCCAUGUGUUUCAAUCCUUUCACCAACCUCUAAUUCUUGGAUUGGACUUUCUUCAAGCAAAUGAUGGAAUUUUCAAUGCAGAAAACAACACUCUUUAUGUGCGUGACUCAGAAGAUACAGCAUAUGCCAUCGACACCAACACUGGACUUGCACGAGUUUCAAAAUUUACCAUAAUUCCAAAACAGUCUGUAACUUUACUUCCAGUGUUCCUAUCAAAUGUGCCCAAAGAUUCAUGUGUACUUCUCGAACCAAACCCAAAAUUACCAUCACUGCGACUUGCAGGUGCUAAAUGUAUAGUCGACACUAAAGACAACAAAGCCUUUAUUCAAGUCAUCAACCCAACAACAAAACGAGUCAGAAUCAAUGCAACUACAGUGAUCGCAUCAGCAACAAUCGUCGAUCCAGCCACUGUGUUCACCAUGGAGACUUCUGAAGAU